CUUCAUAUAUAUACACACACCUAUAUAUAGUGAUCAUCUUCUUCUUUGCAUAUUGACUUUGUUAGGACUCUCUAUCACUCUGUCUGCUCAACAAACAAAAUAACCAAAAAUGGCACAGAUAUCUGUCACCAUGGAAGUUGGUUCUGAUGGUGUUGCUUUGAUCACCAUUUCUAAUCCUCCUGUUAAUGCUUUAGCUCUCCCAAUUCUUGCUGGAUUGAAAGAGAAAUUUGCAGAAGCUAUGAGAAGAGAUGAUGUCAAAGCAAUUGUUUUGACUGGGAAUAAUGGGAGAUUUUCCGGUGGAUUUGACAUCAAUGUGUUUCAGAAAGUUCACAAGACUGGAGACAUAAAUCAACUACCUGAUGUAUCUGUUUCCUUGGUAAAUAACACCCUUGAAGAUGCCAAGAAGCCCAUAGUUGCUGCUGUACAAGGACUUGCACUUGGGGGUGGCCUAGAAGUUGCAAUGGGGUGCCAUGCCCGUAUUGCAGCUCCAAAAACUCAACUUGGCUUGCCUGAACUGUCUCUCGGAGUGAUGCCAGGUUUUGGAGGUACGCAAAGACUUCCUAGGCUUGUGGGGUUGUCAAAGGCGAUUGAUAUGAUGCUGACAUCCAAACCGAUACUCUCCGAGGAAGGUGCAAAACUUGGUCUCAUUGAUGCAAUUGUACCUCCUCAAGAAUUGUUGAAUGUGUCUAGGCAAUGGGCUUUAGACAUCGCAGAAGGGCGUAGACCUUGGGUGCGUUCACUUCAUCGUAUUGACAAGAUCGGUUCCUUAUCAGAAGCACGCGAGAUAAUCAAAAAUGCUCGACAACUAGCCAAACGAACAGCUCCUAAUAUGCCACAACAUCAAGCAUGCCUUGAUGUGAUUGAGGAAGGCAUUAUUCAUGGAGGAUAUGCUGGUGUUCUUCGGGAGGUCAAGGUGUUCAAUGAGCUUGUUCUUUCAGACACAGCAAAAGGUCUUGUUCAUAUAUUUUUUGCACAACGUGCAAUUUCCAAGGUACCUAAAGUUACUGAUGUUGGUCUCAAGCCAGGGAGUGUCAAGAAGGUUGCUGUGAUUGGUGGCGGUCUAAUGGGCUCUGGAAUAGCUACCGCCCUUAUCCUUAGUAAUAUAAAUGUUGUUCUCAAGGAAGUCAACUCUGAGUAUCUGCAGAAGGGAAUAAAAACAAUUGAAGCAAAUGUUAGAAGUUUGGUUGCAAGGAAGAAGUUAGGACAGACUCAAGCUGAGAAAGCCUUGUCAAUGGUUACAGGGGUAUUAGACUACUCACAAUUUAAAGAUGUAGAUAUGGUUAUAGAGGCAGUUAUAGAGAAUGUUCCAUUAAAGCAAAAGAUCUUUAGUGAGAUUGAGAACAUAUGUCCUCCUCAUUGCAUUUUGGCAACCAAUACGUCUACCAUUGACCUCAAUUUAGUAGGACAGAAAAUUAAAUCUCAAGAUCGAGUUGUGGGCGCACAUUUCUUCAGUCCGGCUCAUGUGAUGCCUCUACUGGAAAUAGUCCGAACAGAGAAGACUUCUGCACAAGUCAUUCUUGACCUUAUGACAGUUGGGAAAAUGAUAAAGAAAUCUCCUGUUGUGGUGGGAAAUUGUACAGGGUUUGCUGUUAAUCGCACCUUCUUCCCAUACAAUCAGGGAGCACAACUUUUGCUUCAUUUAGGUGUCGAUUUUUAUAGAAUUGAUAGGCUGAUCACCAGCUUUGGACUCCCCAUGGGACCACUCCAACUUCAGGAUUUAGCUGGAUAUGGUGUAGCUGUUGCUGUAGCUAAAGAAUUUGCUACUGCUUUUCCUGAUCGCACAUUCACUGCUCCUUUAAAUGACCUUCUGAUUAAAAGUGGACGAAAUGGUAAAAAUAAUGGAAAAGGAUAUUACAUUUACGAGAAAGGUAGCAAGCCAAAGCCUGAUCCCCAAGUGCUCUCGGUUAUCGAAGAAUCUAAAAGACAAGUCAAUCUUAUUCCUGGAGGGAAGUCUAUAAAUAUCACUGAUCAAGAAGUUGUGGAGAUGGUACUGUUUCCGGUGGUGAAUGAGGCUUGUCGGGUUCUAGAGGAAGGAGUUGUGGUUCGGGCAUCUGAUCUUGAUGUUGCAUCUGUUCUUGGAAUGAGUUUUCCCUCUUACCGUGGUGGUAUUGUGUUCUGGGGAGACCUAGUUGGGGCUAAACACAUAUAUGCAAGUCUCAAAAAAUGGUCUGAAAGAUACGGAAACUUCUAUAAGCCGUCAAGAUUUCUUGAAGAAAGAGCCAAAAACGGGGUCCCACUGAGUGCUCCAUUAUCGACAUCUGCAAGUUCGAGGUCUUGUCUGUAGGCAACGGCAACACGUCAAUUAUUAUUUUACAAGAAAGAUGCUGCUUUUGUGAUUAAUAAAUAUAGUAUCUGCUGUUAAAUAAGUUUGCUUUACUAGUCGAGUUAACUAUUUGUACUUGGGUUCUUUAUCGUCUUUUUCUGGAUAUUUGUACUUGGGUUCUUUAUUUGUACUAGUCGAGUUAAAUAUAUUUGUACUUGGAAAUGUGAUUUAGCAGUUCCAUUUUCUUCUAUGUAUAUCUCUGAUUUUAGUUCCA